UCUAUUUCUUUUUACGUUCCCUGAGUGUACACUAGUUCAGCGAUAAAAAACAGACCUUUUAUCCCAUCCACGAUCAGUGUUCAGAUUUCGUCGCGCAUGUGCGUAUAGUUUUUCCGAUAUCGCUAUAUUGCUGUAUACAUAACAUACAUAACAUAAACCGUGGACAUACGCGCGUCGCCAUGUCGCAUCAUUUGUGAGACUGGAACGUUAAUUAGUUAGACAGAUUAGCCUAAUUUAACUUCAUCACGGUAUUGAUCGGCCGAAUGCUGAUACAGUACAGUUUGCUGCAUAAUAUACUUUUUCCUAGUAAUUUUUGUGAAAAAAGUUUGAUCCGUCGUUCUGUUCUGCAAUGCGGCAUAUUGUUGAAGACGACUUUGGUACUUUGGUUAUGAAAUUUCUCGUACGUAUCAACGAUAUAUAGCGACAUGAAACGUUCUCCGUGGCCACGUGUACAUGCAAAAAAUGCGCGAGGCCACGUAAAAACUUAGAUUUCUACUGUUAAUAUAUAACGGCUGUUGCCUGAGAUCGAUAACGUGAGUUUUAUCACAAGACCGCAACGUCGAUAACAUUGAAAUAUAUACGUUGAAAAAUACAUUGAAAAAUGAGUGAGACAACAGCUGCAAAUGAUGUGCCAGAGAGCAAUGGCACAGUUGAGCAGCCUGCUUACAAUGGGGAAACGGAGGAACAUACUAAUAAAUCUCCAGUGAGCCUAGAGGAUAAGGUACCAGAUUCACUGACUGUAUGUGACAAUGGCACGAAGAAGAAUACCACUGGCAAUAAUAAUAGCAAUACGACAAAUAGAGCAAAGAAACGGAAGAAGACUCCAAGAGAUGCCACUGCCCCAAAACAACCACUUACCGGUUAUUUUCGGUUUUUAAAUGACCGAAGGGAGAAGGCCCGACACGAGCAUCCCAGUCUCUCUUUCGCAGAUAUCACAAAGCUUCUGGCUGCAGAAUGGAGCACAUUACCAUCCGAUCAGAAGCAGCAAUAUCUAGACGCGGCUGAGCAAGACAAGGAACGCUACAAUCGUGAAAUUAGUGACUAUAAACAAACAGAAGCGUAUCGUUUGUUCACUGAGAAACAAACUGAAAAGCAAAACGAGAAUAAAAAAGAGAGGAAUGGCACAGGCGUAAAUACCGAGCAGAAUGAUGUACAACAAGACAAAGAUAAUGAUUUCACCGGCUUUGACAUCCCUAUUUUUACAGAAGAAUUCCUGGAUCAUAAUAAAGCUUGUGAGGCCGAAUUAAGACAGUUGCGGAAAGUUACGUCCGACUACGAAAGUCACAAUGCAGUUCUUCAGCUACACGUCGAUACUCUGCACACCGCUGUAAACGAAUUGGAAUCCGAGAUUUAUCAGCAGCGGACGACCAAUCAAGCUUUACAACGUCAUUUGGAUACUCUUCGUUCGCAGCUGGCUACAUGCUUCGCCAACAUACCGCUUCCAGAGACGCACAAUGGUGCUACAUUACAAAAUAUCGACGGUUACUUCGAGAGACUGGAAUCACUGUUGAACGGCAAUGCCGAGCAGAGUCUACGUAACGCUGUACGCAAUGCCAUAUCUCGUCUCGAAUUAAUUGGAUGACGAUCGCCUCCCGGCAGUACGACUAGUACAUCGUUGAAACAUCAUCGCUCGAGGCAUCCAUAUCGAAAGUAACGAGAGAAUGUAGGGGAAUGUGUGUACGUGUGUGUGUAUGUGUGUGUGUGCGCGUGCGUGCGUGCGUGUGCACAUGCGUGUGUUGAUCUUGACAGUUCGUCGCGUUCGUCUACUUUAUCUUUAUUAUACCGGAUGAUCGCUCGUUACGCAAGCGGAUUUACAUACGUAUCACAGCUGAUUAUUGUUCUAGCGAUUCUAUGACGUAUACGCGACAAUAAUUUAAAUUUUUUUAUUUUAUAUGUCUAUUUUCUGCGAUUGAGGAGAAUGUUUUAUUUAUGUAUAU